AUGUCAGAGGCACAUGCAGGACCCGAGGCCAACGUCAUCCGUGUUGGCACGCGCAAGUCGCCGCUGGCCAUGGCGCAGGCCUACAUUGUCGUCGACGCGCUGCGGGCGGCGCUCCCCUCGCACACGUUUCCCAUUGACAGCAUGACGACGACGGGCGACCGCGACCAAAACACGGCGCUGUACAACUUUGGCGGCAAGGGCCUGUGGACGUCGCAGCUCGAAGACAAGCUUGUCCGCCGCGAGGUGGACAUUGUGGUGCACUCGCUCAAGGACAUGCCGACGGAGCUGCCAGACGGCCUGGUGCUCGGCUGCGUCACCAAGCGCGGCGACCCGCGCGACACGCUCGUCAUCAAGAGGGCGCUCACUGAGAAGCACGGCUGGAAGACGCUCGCGGACCUGCCCCCCGGCAGCGUGGUCGGCACCAGCAGCAUCCGCCGCAUCGCCCAGCUGGCCCGGCGCUACCCACACCUCACCUUCAAAGACCACCGCGGCAACAUCAACACGCGCCUGCAGAAACUCGAGGAUGACGCCGAGUUGUCAGCCAUUAUUCUAGCCGCUGCCGGCUUGCAGCGCAUGGACUUUGGCGACCGCAUCGCGCAGUACCUCGACGCUGACGCUGCCGGCAUGCUGCACGCCGUGGGCCAGGGAGCGCUGGGCAUCGAGUGCCGCGCGGGGGACACACGCGUGCUCGCGGCGCUGGCCAAGUUGAAAGACACGCCCACGACGUUGGCCUGUCUGGCGGAGCGCAGCCUGAUGCGCUCACUCGAGGGCGGGUGCAGCGUGCCCAUUGGCGUCGAGACGUCGUGGCUCGGCGACGGGCGGCUGCGGCUGCGGGCGACGGUGGUGGCGGUCAAGGGAGAUAAGGCGGUCGACGCCGACGAGGCAGAGGUGGUGACGACCGACGAGGCGGCCGACGAGUUUGGCAAACGGAUUGCGAGGGACUUGGUUGCGCAGGGCGCAGACGAGAUUCUCAACGCAAUCAACGCCGGCAAGGCGGUACAGGCAAAGCAAGCGGAACAGGCCGCGUAA